CCCUGGCACACGCACACACACUGGCGGAAGCUGUGGUAAGUACUUCCUCCUUCAGCCUGUGAGAUCUGAAAGUAUAUCAUCAUGGCAGGCCCAAAGAGACGUACAGAUGACUGGGCUCCACGGGCUUUCUCCGAUGAGCUACAGAAGAGUCAGCCACACGUGUUCUCUCCCUUUCUAUGGACCCAAUUCUUCCUACUCAUGGGACUAGGAACCUCUGGAAAGGACUCAGCACCAACAGUGGUGGCAGGAAUUCUAGGGGGUGUGGUGACUUUCCCCCUCAACAUUUCAGUAGACACAGAGAUUGAGCAUGUCACCUGGAAUGGUUUCCAAAAAGCUCUUGCUUUAGCCGACUCAAAUGGAAAAGUUAUUUUUAUGGACAGAAGCUACCAGGGCCGAUUAAACAUCAUCCGGAACUACUCCUUAUCUCUCAACAACCUGACUCUGAAAGAUGCAGGACCCUACAACGCCCAGAUAAACCAAAAGAAUUCUGAAGUCACCGUUGGUGAGCAAUUCAUCCUGCACAUCUAUGAGCAGCUGCGGGAGCCCCGAGUCACCAUGAUGUCCGUGAACGCGUCUGAGAACACCUCCUGUAACGUCACCCUGACAUGCUUUGUGGAGGGGACAGAGAAAGACGUUCAGUACAGCUGGACCCCGAGGGACCCUGAUGCUUCUGAAUUCUAUGGGGGCUCCACUCUCACCAUCUCCUGGACGCCUUGUGACCCAGACCUGCCGUACACCUGUACAGCCAAGAACCCAGUCAGCCAGAGCAGCUCCCACCCUGUCCAUGCCUGGCAGUUUUGUAGAGAUCCAGGAGCCUCCAGAGGAGGAUCAAUGGGGGAGACGGUGGUGGGGGUCCUGGGGGAGUCAGUCACCCUGCCCCUGGCACUCCCGGCCAGUCAGGACAUAGAGAACGUUGUCUGGAUGUUUAACACGUCUAUUAUCAGCAAAGAGCGGGGAGAAGCAGCAAAAGCAGAUCCACCCACUAAGUUUGAGGAUCCAGACAAGAACACCAUGCGGGUCUCCGGCCAGGACUACUCCCUGAAGAUUGGCUGGCUGAAGAUGGAGGAUGCUGGCCCCUACCACGCUUACAUAUGUUCAAAGACCUCUGGAGUCACCAGCACGAAACACGUCACCCUGCUCAUCUACCGAAGGCUGAAGAAGCCCAAAGUCACGUGGAGCCUCGAGUUCACGGGGGAUGGCAUCUGCAGGGUCAGCCUGACGUGCUCAGUGGAGGAUGGUGGACACAACGUGACCUACAGAUGGACCCCCCUGCAGAAAGAAGCUGUUGUAUCCCAAGGGGGAUCUCACCUCCAAGUCUCCUUGAGAAGGGGUGAAAAUCAUCCCAACUUCACGUGCACAGCCAGCAAUCCUGUCAGCAACAGCUCCAGGCACUUUCUUUCUGGGGACAUCUGUCCAGGACUUGGGAUAAGCAGGAAGCUUUGGAUUGGACUCUCCCUGAUAGUUUCCAUCCUUUUGUGCUUUGGGAUCUCUGGCUGCUGCAUUUGGAAGCAAAAAGGAUCAUGUUCAGCCCGAGCUAUCAGUUCCAGCCAAGUUGAGGCCUCAGCUGACACAUCAGAAACUGCUGCUGGCCACUCACUGUAUUGCAUGCUGUCCCAAGGCUAUGAGAAGAUGGAAACUCCCCCUAAGACUGUCAGGCAACAGCCUAAGCCCACUUCUGACAGCAGCUCUGACAGCGAUGGAACAACUGUGGAGGAUGAGGAGACAACUGAGAUGUACCAGCAUGUCAAUAAAAGAGAUCAGGUGUAUGACUUGGUCACUCAGGAGGACACUGGACAUGACUCAACCUCUGAGGAGCAAGCAGAGUAUGACCUUGUCACUCCAGAUGACAGGGUACCUGUACCUGUGGUCGAAGGGGACACAGUGUAUAUGCAAGUGUUCCUCGACUUGCAGGGAAAGACUCCACUUCCUCAGAAGAAAGAGAGUUCAGCCACAAUCUACAGCUCUGUUCAGAAAUCUCAGACGGUGGUGCCACUAUCACAACAGAAUGAUUUUGACCCUCCUGAAAGCCCUACCUAUGAAAAUUUCACCUGAGAAGAAAAGCAGCUGUUGCCUCUCUUCCUGGGAUUGGAGAGGUAGCUGGACCUUGUGGGGCCUGGGGCUCCUGCAGCGAGAAGCACUUCAGAAUUUCCUUCAGUGUCUCAGAGAUGCCUACAUUUGACCCUCCCUUUCCUCUCACCCCCUGUGACUUCCCAAGCCCAUUAAUAGAUCAGACACAGGCUCCUUUUUGGAGCCUCUGGGCUUCACGGUGUCCUUCCUCCAUCUGUCUCCUGGUAUGCUCGUACUGUUUCCCCCUGUCAGCUGAGAUGCAUCAUCUCAAAACUCUGCCAAGGCUGGUCAAACAUGGUUGAAGGGGGCCUGGACAUUCACACCAUCUUCUAAACAGUUGCUAAAAUGAAUCCAGCAGAUCUCAUUCGUGGACACAAAGAUCUGUUGCCCAGCAAGAUUUCUCUCUCCACCUUUGUGCAUAGAAGCCAAUACUGUGUUCACCAGUCUUCGACGGAAGAAAGUUUAUUACCCAGUCAAUUAGCAAGGAGACAAGAGGACUGGCUCUCAAAUCUGUCUCCCAGAUCCGGAGUAUGGGGUAGGGUUUAAGGUAUCAGGGAGGGCAAGCUGGUAUGCGGAAGUGCUGGCAGGAUGAGCGUCGAUUGGCACAUCACAAUUUUCCCUCUGUGCAUUCUCCUGGCUGGCUCUGGCCGCCUCUGAAAAGUAGCUUUAACAUUCUGUUGUUAGGAUGAGGUCAGCACAGUAAACAAGGGUAAAGUUGUGAUGUAGAUUUAAGUCAUUGCCUUCUCUGUUGAUAAGAGUUUCUAGAGAUUUAGUAGUCCUCUCCUUCCUGGCACAGAGAGGGAGGCACCCUUACAAAUGGAGAUUUCUUUUGUAAAUGUAAAUUUCCCUUACAAAUCCGUAACUUCUACAAGGUUUUCUGAGCUUUCCCUGGCAUCUGCUGUUUCUUAAAAAUAAUCAGCCUAAAAUAAUUCUUAUGCCAAAGAGGCAUAUUUUGGGGUAGCAAAUUCUGUUCCUGGUCCUAUGAUCUAUGUAACAUCACAUCCACUGUAGUAUUUUUUAAAAUAAAAGACUAGAAAAAACCUAA